CCCAACACACACAGCGCAAGCGCGCGGCGUGCUGUCACUGUCGCUCGCACCCACGCGGCCGAGGAAAUCGAAGCUUGCGAGCUGGACGCGAGGGAGGGAGGGCGAGAGCGGGAGGGAAACCCUCGCGUCGCGGCCGCCGCGCGCGUCGCCACCGGGAGCCCUCGCCCUCUCCGGCCGGCAUGGACAGCGCCGUGCUCGUCUGCGCCGCGCCGACCACGGCCGCCGGCGCCGCGGCGCCUGGAACGGGAGGGGGCGGAGGAGCUGGGGGCGUCGUGAGGGUGAAGCGGUCGGUCCUCGCGGGGUGCCUCACGUGCCCGCUCUGCGGCCGCCUCCUCCGCGACGCCGCCACCAUCACUGAGUGCCUCCACACAUUUUGCAGGAAGUGCAUAUCUGAGGAGUUCAUAAAUAAGGAAGUCUGCUACUGCCCUACUUGCAGCAUUGCUUUGGGCUGUGCUCCACUGGAGAAGCUCAGAGUUGAUCAUAGCCUACAAUAUGUAAGGUCGAAGAUAUUUCCUUUCAAAAAACAGAAGGUCAAAGCCCAAGAAGUCACAUCGCCAUUUACAUCACCUAUCAAGAGGAAAGAAAGAUCGUUAUCUUCGUUGACAAUCCAUGCUCCUCAAGUGUCUAUGCAGAAAUGCUUGACAAAGAGGAGAACGAAAGCUUCAUGCUUACGCAACCUCUCUUUGCACUCAACAUUGCGGGGCAGUAAUAUCACAAAGAAAGUUGGGGGAUGGAGACCUUUGGGCUGUCACUUUAGAGCUGCUAAAAAUAAAAACCCUCGUAAAUCUAUUUCAGAGGAUGUAAAUAGAACUGAAAAUAAGUCUGACGAUGCAGUUGAUGGGACUCCUGCUAGUCAAGCAAAGACUAAGAAGCAGUUGACAAGACAUGGAAAUCUGGAGAAGAGAACUGGAACCAAGAAUUUGUUAAUUCUAAAGGGAAAACAGAAAAAGAUCAAGGCAAAGCUUGCUAAUAAGAAGAAGAGAUUGCGAGCAUUAUGGUUUUACCUUGUUGCUGCUUCUGACCAGAAAGGACAGCCUCCUCUACCGCAGGUACCUUCAAAAUUUUUGAGGAUCAAGGAUGUCGAUUUGCCUGCUUCCUUCAUACAGAAGUACCUUGUGCAGAAACUUAAUCUUUCAAGUGAAGCUGAGGUGGAGCUAUUGUGCGGUGGCAAGCCAGUGAGCCCAGGGAUGACCCUGCACGACCUAGCGGAUUGCUGGCUCGACAAAGGACCAAAGGGCCGAGUGCGGUCAUCGGUGGGCACGCCCGCCACUGGAUUUGUGGCAACAGUAUUCUAUGGCAGGCCAGCACCGCCCCCGCCUGAUACUAAAAAUACCAAUAGCUGAUCGAGAGCUUCCCCUCGUCUCUGAACCAGCACCACACAUUUCAUUCUUAGGAGCCUUUGAUUGAUCUGAGCAUCGAUACCAUUUUAUUAAGGAUCAAGCCACAUCUUAAGAUGUAAAUAGAUGUCAGGUUACAAGCCGUAUCGGGCUUGUGAUCCUCUAAUUUAAGGCAUUGGGUUAUGAUCUUAUCUAGUUUAAUGUAUUUUUACCCCUACUUUUUUUUACUGACGAAGUGUCUGUACCUAGGCUAUGUGACUAUAUAUGUAUGAGACAUUGUCUUGUCCCCCACAGAGCCCGUAGAGGAGUCAUCUGUAUGUCUGUAUGUUGAUUUAUACUUGUGUACGCUAGGCACUGGAAUUUUUUCAGUUAAUUCACCGCACUCGAAAUUGUUAUUGCUUGAGGUUGUUGCCUGAUAUAAGCAUAUUGAGCACUGGUGGAA